GGAUGACACAGAUACCAAGUCCUAGUCUGAGCUGCCGCUACAUUUAGGAGUCUGCGGUUCCCACUCUCAGAGGGGACCUGUGGUGGGGGGGGACAUGGUGUCAGGGACAUGGGCACCAACCCCCAAGGGUCUCUGCUGCCGUCUCUCCUCUCCAGGCUCUACUUUGGUUCAUAUGGUCCAUAUCUCUUAGGGGACCCUAAGAGCCUAGGGAAGGACUCUGGGCAUCCAUCUCUCAGGGAAGAAGGCAUCUCAGAGUACAUCUCAGGGGGAAGAAUUUGAAACAAAAUCAGUCCCCGCAGGAUUCCAGUUGCAGCGCCAUGGCGCAGGAGAACGCCGCCUUUUCUCCGGUGUCGGAGGAGCCACCCAGGCGCCGUGGCCGCCAGCGCUACGUGGAGAAGGACGGGCGCUGCAACGUGCAGCAGGGCAAUGUGCGGGAGACCUACCGCUACCUAACCGACUUGUUCACCACGCUGGUGGACCUGCAGUGGCGCCUCAGCCUGCUCUUCUUCGUGCUCGCCUACGCGCUCACUUGGCUCUUCUUCGGCGCCAUCUGGUGGCUCAUCGCCUACGGCCGCGGCGACCUGGAGCACCUGGAGGACACCGCGUGGACCCCGUGCGUCAAUAACCUCAACGGCUUCGUGGCUGCCUUCCUCUUCUCCAUCGAGACCGAGACCACCAUCGGCUACGGGCACCGCGUCAUUACUGACCAGUGCCCCGAGGGCAUCGUGCUGCUGUUGCUGCAGGCCAUCCUGGGCUCUAUGGUGAACGCCUUCAUGGUGGGGUGCAUGUUCGUUAAGAUCUCGCAGCCCAACAAGCGGGCCGCCACGCUGGUCUUCUCCUCUCACGCUGUGGUGUCGCUGCGCGACGGGCGCCUCUGCCUCAUGUUCCGCGUGGGCGACCUGCGAUCCUCGCACAUCGUGGAGGCCUCCAUCCGCGCCAAGCUCAUCCGCUCGCGCCAGACGCUCGAGGGCGAGUUCAUCCCUCUGCACCAGACCGACCUCAGCGUGGGCUUCGACACCGGGGACGACCGCCUCUUCCUUGUCUCACCUCUUGUCAUCAGCCACGAGAUCGAUGCCGCCAGCCCCUUCUGGGAGGCGUCACGCCGCGCCCUCGAGAGGGACGACUUCGAGAUCGUGGUCAUUCUCGAGGGCAUGGUGGAGGCCACGGGAAUGACAUGCCAAGCUCGAAGCUCCUACCUAGUAGAUGAAGUGCUGUGGGGCCACCGGUUCACAUCUGUGCUCACCCUGGAGGACGGCUUCUAUGAGGUGGACUAUGCCAGCUUCCAUGAGACCUUUGAGGUGCCCACACCCUCGUGUAGUGCCCGGGAGUUGGCAGAGGCUGCAGCCCGCCUCGAUGCCCAUCUCUAUUGGUCCAUCCCCAGCAGGCUGGAUGAGAAGGUGGAGGAAGAGGGGGCUGGGGAGGGGGCAGGAGGGGGAGAUGGAGCAGACAAGGAGCAGAAUGGCUGCCUACCACCCCCGGAGAGUGAGUCCAAGGUGUGACUGGUUUUCUCCAAACCCCUGUGGCAGACCAGGGGGCUAGACACAGGUACAUGGAAGCUGCGGAGUGGAGAUGGAAGAAGAGGAGGCAGGCAAUGUCCCAAGGAAUGGCUAAUGUUGGGAGAGGCCCGCUGAGUCCAGGAUCCAGUGGGGAAGAAAGAAGACCUGGUUUGAAGAGAGGAGAGGGUGGGGAUGAAAGAACAUAUCGGUCUGUCUGUCUGACCUUCACAUCUGUUCGUGGGUGGAUGGAUGGACAGAAGGAUGGGCUUAUGGGGUUGAAUAGGAAGGUCGGGCAGACAGAGGCAGCCAGUGGAUAGCUUGGGUGGCCUAUGGAUCGACAGUUGGUGAACCCAGGGCUGCCUUAACCUGCAGCACACCUUUGGGCAAAACCGACCAAUACCCUUUUCUUCCAGACAGAGGCAACCUCAAACCAGGGGACAUGGCUUAGGGAGUAGAGUGUCAGACCAAUUGCUGCCCCCACCCACCUCCUCAGCUGGUUUCCCUGUGUGUGACACACCUGUCUAGACAAAGUGGCCACCGCUGAGACAGAGAAAAGGCUGUGGAGCAGGGUAUAGAUGUGACCCUAUCCAGAUUCACUAUCCCGCUGUGAUAGGCUCAGAUACCCUCAGGGGGUAGACAAACAAGCAAGGGUAGACUCUGAGCAGGGGCCCUGGAGCAGGACCAGGAAAGACUGAGGACAGCAGUGGUUUUUUGAGGCAGCGGAAUGAAACCUUGCAGGUAGGUACUGCUAUAGAAACAAAAAAGCCGAGAGACUCUGAGGUGGAAGAAAGACCAAGAGAGACUUAAUAAGUGGUUUUAUGAGGGAAGCCAGAGCCCUGGGGAAAGUAGUUCAUCCUUGAGGCACAGCGACAGGGGAUCGUUCAAAAUAGUGAUUAGGUAUCAGGAGUGACAUUCAAAGACCUGGUCCUAACACCAGAACACAGUACAAGUGGAGGUCAGAAAUACCCCCACAGCAACUGAAGGAAGUGUGGCUCACUCUAGGAGCCCACACAAGCUCUUCGUCAGAAGUGAGAGGGCAUUAGCAAUCUGGAAGCUAAGGAUUGAGCAAGGUGG